AUGUGGCAGGAGGUAAUAAGAAGAAAGCGCUACUUUCUGGACCAUGCUGGGGCAUCCGGAGUUUGGGAUAAGACUGGAGCACAUCCACAAGAACGGAUGAGGAAUAAGUCCCAGGAUGGACUAUAUGAGUCCUACUACUGUAUGAGCCAGCAGCACCCGUUGAUUGUCUUUCUGCUGAUCAUAGUGAUGGGUGCCUGUCUAGCUUUACUGACUGUAUUUUUUGCUUCAGGACUGGACAUUGAAGACCAUGUGGCCUUCGUAAUCACUGUGCCCACAGCUCUGGCCAUAUUUCUGACUGUGUUUGUACUGGUCUGCAUUGAGUCCAUCUUCAAGAAGCUCCUCCAUCUCUUCUCCCUGCUCAUUUGGGCUUGCCUGGUGGCCAUGGGCUACCUUUUUAUGUUUUCCGGGGGUAUCGUUUGUCCCUGGGAUCAGGUGUCAUUUUUCCUCUUCAUUGUGUUUGUGGUAUACACCAUGCUGCCGUUCUCAAUGCGGGACGCCAUCAUCGCCAGUGUCCUGACCUCAGCUUCACACACCGUCACAUUGAUUGCCUGCCUGUCGGCCAAAGCCUCCAGCACGGAGCCCAUAGUGUGGCAGAUUCUAGCCAACAUUAUCAUCUUCCUGUGUGGAAAUAUGGCAGGAGCAUAUCACAAACACCUGAUGGAACUUGCCCUGAAGCAGACAUACAUGGACACCUGCAACUGCAUCAAGGCGCCGAUUAAAUUAGAAUUUGAAAAGCAACAGCAGGAGCGGCUGCUGCUGUCACUGCUGCCAGCGCACAUCGCCCGCGUCAUGAAGGCUGAGAUCAUCCACAGACUCAAGGGGCCAAACUUCGGCCAGAUGGAAAACACCAACAAUUUCCACAACCUUUAUGUCCAGAGACACACUAACGUCAGUAUUCUCUAUGCAGAUAUCGUGGGGUUCACUCGACUGGCCAGUGACUGCUCACCUGGAGAACUAGUGCACAUGCUCAAUGAGUUAUUUGGCAAAUUUGACCAAAUUGCCAAGGAAAAUGAAUGUAUGAGAAUCAAAAUUCUGGGUGACUGCUAUUAUUGUGUGUCAGGAUUACCAGACUCUCUGCCAAACCACGCCAAAAACUGCGUGAAAAUGGGUCUCGACAUGUGUGAGGCCAUCAAGAAAGUGCGUGAUGCCACUGUAGUGGACAUAAACAUGCGAGUGGGAGUGCACUCAGGGAACGUCCUGUGUGGAGUCAUUGGACUGCAGAAGUGGCAGUACGAUGUCUGGUCACAUGAUGUCACACUGGCCAAUCACAUGGAGGCCGGUGGUGUGCCAGGUCGAGUUCAUAUAACAUCAGUGACCUUGGAGCAUUUAGACGGCGCCUAUAAAGUGGAGGAUGGCAACGGACAGGACAGAGACCCCUAUCUCAAAGAGCAUGGGGUCAUUACAUACUUAGUCAUCAACCCAAAGGUGGAGAGUCCUCAUUUCAAACCAAGAAUGAACGGUGCAAAGAUGAGAGCCUCCGUGAGAAUGACUCGAUACUUGGAGUCGUGGGGAGCGGCCAAACCCUUCGCCAACCUUCACCAUAGAGACAGCAUGACCAACGAGAACGGCCACAUCAACACAGCGGAUGUACGGAUGGGGCAAUAUCAUUUCCAGAGAAGAUCAGAAAGGACAAAAUCGCAAAAGAAACGCUUUGAGGAAGAACUUAAUGAGAGAAUUAUAAGAACAUUUGAUGGCAUAAACGCUCAAAAGCAAUGGCUUAAGUCAGAGGAUAUACAAAGAAUAUCGCUAUUUUUUCACAACAAGACUUUGGAAAAAGAGUACAGAGCAACUACUCUACCUGCUUUCAAAUACUACGUCACCUGCGCCUGUUUGAUCUUUAUUUGCAUAUUUGUCGUGCAGAUUCUCGUCCUGCCAAAGACCGUGGUUUUAGGAGUGUCUUUUGGGAUGGCUUUUCUGAUCCUCCUCGUUAUUCUCUUUGUGUGUUUCGUUGGGCACUUUGUGCAGUGCAGUAGAAGUGCAUCCGCGCCUUGGCUCUGGCUGCUGCGCUCCUCGGUUAUUAUUGCCAACAAGCCAUGGCCCCGCAUCACCCUCACCAUGACAACCACCGCACUAAUACUUAUAAUGGCCGUGUUCAACAUGUUUUUCUUGGAGGAAAAUGAGACUUCUGUAGUCCCUGCUUAUAAUUCAUCAAAUGAAACACUACUUUUGUUGAAUGGACAACACAUCACAUUGAUGGAUAAAAACAACUUUUACCUCCCUUAUUUGAUUUACAGUUGCAUUCUGGGCCUGAUCUCAUGCUCUGUGUUUCUGAGAAUAAACUACGAGCUGAAGAUGGUGAUCAUGUUGACAGCAGUGGUGGUUUACAACAUCAUUAUUCUGCAGACUCACUCCUCUCUGUUGGAUGAAUACAGCACAUUUCUCUACAGAACUGAAGUCUUAGACAGACCUGGAGUUCUGAAAGAUCUGAAGACUAUGGGCUCUAUCUCCCUCUUCAUCUUCUUUAUCACUCUGCUGGUGCUGGCUAGGCAGAAUGAAUAUUACUGUAGGUUAGACUUUCUCUGGAAGAACAAGUUCAAAAGGGAGUGCGAGGAGAUCGAAACCAUGGAAAAUCUCAACCGGGUCUUACUGGAGAACGUCCUGCCUGCUCACGUGGCUGAGCACUUUUUGGCACGAAACUGGAAAAAUGAGGAUCUGUACCAUCAGUCCUAUGACCUGGUCUGUGUCAUGUUCGCAUCCAUCCCAGACUUUAAAGAGUUUUACACUGAAUCUGAUGUCAACAAAGAGGGCUUAGAGUGCCUCAGGCUUCUCAACGAGAUCAUCGCUGAUUUUGAUGAGCUGCUGUCAAAGCCUAAAUUCAGUGGAGUGGAAAAGAUCAAGACCAUCGGUAGCACCUAUAUGGCAGCUACAGGACUCAACUCAGCAUCUGGGCCAGAGUACACGAUGCAGGAACAUGACCGACAGUAUAUGCACAUCGGGACCAUGGUAGAGUUUGCUUUUGCGUUGGUGAGCAAACUGGAUCUUAUAAAUAAACAUUCCUUCAACGACUUCAAGCUCAGAGUGGGUAUAAACCAUGGUCCAGUGAUAGCAGGAGUCAUUGGAGCCCAAAAGCCACAAUACGAUAUUUGGGGGAACACAGUGAAUGUAGCAAGCAGAAUGGACAGCACUGGGGUUCUGGGGAAGAUACAGGUGACAGAGGAGACCAGAGGUAUUCUCCUGGCCCUGGGAUACAUGUGCUCAUGUAGAGGCAUCAUCAACGUCAAGGGCAAAGGAGAGCUUAAGACCUACUUUGUGCACACAGAGAUGAGCCGCUCUCUGUCCCAAAGCAAUGUAAUGCUCUGA